AUGGAGUCAAUGAAUUUUGUAAAUGAUGAUUGGAAUUUUGACAAACUUUCAGAUGUUGAUAUGACUAAGUUUAAUUGGUUUCCUGAAAUUUUCCCUAUGAACUUUCCAGUUGAGAUCACCAACCCCACAACCUCGGUUCCUAUAAUCGUUGAUCAGGUAAUCAUGGACCAAAACAAUAACCAACAGUUAUUAGAACCCUUUCAGUCAGCCCCAUUUAACCAACAAAUCUUUCUUCCUUCUCCUCUUCCACCUUCAAUUACAACGCUAGUGUAUGAGCCAGCAACAAUUGCGGCACCGCAAGAAUGGAUUGAUCUGCAGCAACAAUCCAUGAUGUCGGAUAACAUUCAUCCUACAUUCACCUUACCCAUGAUCACUCCUCUGAUCCAAACUCAUACAAAAAAAAAUCAGCCAAUAAAAACUACCUAUGAACUCAUGGGAGAGGAACUCACAAAUGAUUCAUGGACGUGGAACAAGAAUGGUGAGAAGCGAAUCAAAAGUUCUCAAUUUUUGAGGAACUACUAUAAGUGUGCUACAUUAAAAGACUGCAAAGCAAAGAAACAAAUUGAAAAAAGCCCAAGGGGUGAAAACCUUUUCUUAGUGACCUAUUAUGGUGAACACAAUCAUCCUCCACCCAUUAACCGUAGGUCUCACGCUGGUUGGAAUGGAAGUACGAAACACAAUCUUCCGAAAGGCAUAAAUAUUGUGCCCAAAGCAUUAAGUUUGAAUUCAUCAACGUCGUCGUCGUUCAAACGCUCUAAACGUUCCAAGGUUGUUGCUUCUCCAAUCGGCCCAACUAUGCCUAUGAUUGAAAUUGAGAGCGCAUCCCCAAACAAAGACAAAAUGGUGGUUGUGGCGACGGAGAACAAAGGUGAUGACAGAGAGGAGAAAAACGUUGUUUUGAUUCUUGACAAAUUCGUGAGUGAAGAUAUUCUCGUGGGCUUUGAAGAACUCAAUGGAGUUACUACUUCCACCUAA